GAAACGAAACUUCAAAUUAAUUGGUACCGACGCAGAAUCACAGCCACACACUAUCAUUUUAAGAAGGUAUAAAUAGAAGGUAUGGAUACAGAUUCAGAAUCACAAACAAAUAGAAGCACAAAACAUAACGUACGAUAAGAAUUUUAAGAAAAUUUAAACCAUUCAUUUUUUUGAAUAUUUUUUUUAUCACUAUUUUUUAUGGCCACGUGCAAAUUGCAAGGUACAAUUGUUAGUAGCCAAUUGAUAAAUAAAAAAGUACCCAAAGAGCGUGUCUCUGAUGUGGUUACUAGGGAUAAGUUUAAGUUUAAGGUUCCUCAAUUAACCACAACUUCACCUUUGCCCAUACUACCCUUGAUAGAGAAGACCAAGGAAAUUAUUGUAGAAACAGAGAGUACCAAUUCUGCUGGAAAAUUUGGUAGAUUUGGAGGCAAGUUUGUACCUGAGACACUUGUUAUUUGCAUGAACCAGCUUGAAGCUGAGUUCAAAAACGUCCUACGUGAUCAAGUUUUUCAGGCAGAGCUAGCAACAGCGUUAAGAGACUAUGUUGGUAGAGAGACACCUCUAUAUCAUGCUCAACGGUUGUCCGAGUAUUACAAAAACAAAAAUGGUGGCAUAGGGCCUGAUAUAUACUUAAAAAGAGAGGAUCUAAAUCACACUGGCUCUCACAAGAUGAACAACGCGCUUGCACAAGCUAUGAUUGCCAAGCGCAUCGGUCUAAAAAGUGUUGUUACGGCUACCGGUUCCGGACAACACGGGCUUGCCACAGCUUCAGCAUGUGCAAAACUUGGUUUAGAGUGCACGGUCUUCAUGGCUAGCAAAGACAUGGACAGACAAUCAUCUAAUGUGCGAUUGAUGAAGUUGUUAGGCGCAAAGGUUGAAGCUGUUAAUGGAAGUUUCAAAGAUGCAUCAUCAGAUGCGUUUCGUUGUUGGAUAGGAGACUUAGAAAACAGUUACCAUUUAACAGGUUCAGCUGUGGGACCACACCCAUGUCCCACCAUGGUACGUGAGUUUCAAUCAGUGAUUGGAAAAGAAACAAGAAAACAAGCAUUGGAAAAAUGGGAUGGAAAACCAGAUGUUGUUGUUGCAUGUGUUGGAACAGGAUCAAAUGCUUUGGGUAUGUUCCAUGAGUUUAUAUAUGACACUGAUGUUAGAUUAGUUGGAGUUGAAGCAGCUGGUUUGGGGUUAGAAAGUGGAAGACAUUCUUCUACUUUGGCUAAAGGAGAAGUGGGUGUUUAUCAUGGUGCUAUCUCUUAUUUAUUGCAAGAUGAUGAUGGACAAAUUAUUCAACCACACUCAAUUGCUGCAGGGAUGGAGUAUCCAGGAGUUGGUCCAGAGUUGAGCUUCCUAAAAGAAAGUGGUCGUGUAGAGAUUUGUGUUGCAACCGAUGAUGAAGCUCUUGAUGCAUACGAAAGAUUAUGCAAAUUGGAGGGCAUAUAUCCAUCUCUGGAGGCCACACAUGCAUUUGCAAUAUUAGAUAAAUUGAUCCCUUCUUUACCAAAGGACAAAAGUAAGGUUGUUGUGAAUUGUAGUGGACGUGGAGAUAAAGAUGCACCUAUAGUCUUCAAUCGUAGAGUACCCGCAUGAUGGAAAAUGAAAGUGUAUUAUUAUUAGUUUAUGUAUCAAACUGAGUUAUCAUAAUACUCUGUUUGUUAAUUAGGAAAUGAAAUUGUAUUCAGGUCUGUACCAAAAAAAAGAAAAAAAAUAUUGUAUUUAGGUUGGAAUACCCAUUAUAAUCUCUUUUGUAUCAUUAAACCAAAUAAUUAAGAUAAAUUCAUGACUUACAUAUAUUAUUUAAUAUGUUAAAUAAGUAAAGUUUUUUUCCAAAAUAAUAUGAGUCCCUUAAAUUAUAGUCCCGUCUCUUUCAAU